AUGCGGUUUGUACGCGGUGGAGACCUCCUUCACCUACAAUGGAUGGACAAACGUCCGGUGACAGUCAUAUCCACUAUGCACAGCGCUGCUGACUAUGUCAAUGUUACAAGGAAGGUGAAAGAAAAUAACAUCUUGCGUGACCUGGAAUUGAAGAAGCCAAAAUUGAUACAUGACUACAAUUUCGCUAUGGGUGGAGUGGACCUGUUCGACCAGCACGUAGCGACGUACAGGGUGCUGCGGAAAACACGCAAGUACUGGAAGACUCUGUUUUUUGACUUUGUGGAUGUAGCUGUGGUGAAUUCAUGGGUUCUCUUUCAGCAGUGGGUGGCUAAAAACCCAGGCGUCAUCAAAAUGCCGAAGGAUUACAGUCAGCUUGACUAUCGUCUUGCAGUUAUCCGGCAGCUUGUGAACAUCACUGACAAGACCAAGGUGCCCCUUCGAAAGCCUGGACCAUCGACCAGCACGGCCAAGUCUCCGAAGAAGCACCAUGGCAUUGUCAGCACUGGUAAAAGGCGGGAUUGCUCAUACUGCCGAGAUGCUGGAAGGAAAAGCGUGAAGAGUGUUUAUGCCUGUUCCGUCUGCACAAAUCGGAAAGGCAAUCCGAAGCACUACUGCAUCAAGAAGAAGCAGAAUUGCUUCCAGGCCCACCUGGACGACCUGUAG